AUGGCCGCCAAUCUCGACGACCACCACGGGGAGGGCACGGCGAAAAUUUGCAUGCUGGCGAUUGGCAUCGGAUAUUUGUUCCCCAUCUCAGCGAUUUGGGCUGCGUUUGACUAUUGGAAGGUCCUGUUCCCAGACAAGAACAUCGAGUUCGUUGUGACAGUCGUCUACCAGAUCGGUUCCGUUGGCACUGUGGCACUUCUUUCGUUGACAGAAACUUUCUCGUUAAGACGCCGCAUCGUGGGCGGCUUUCUGGGCCAGUUCUUCUGCCUGGCUGCAAUCCUCAGCUUCAGGUGGCUGCUGCUUCCGCCGGCCGUGCUUUACCAGCUGUUGCUGGGCUUGGUGCUUGUGUGCUCUGUCGCUACUGGCUACUUGGACUCUGCUUUGCUGUCCCUGUGCUCGCAGUACGCAUCGAUAAUGCAGCAGUUCUUGCAGAUAGGCAUCGGCUUUGGUACCCUCGUCUCUGUGAUCUACCGGGAUGCAACAAAGCUUCUGAUGUCGCAUGACAUCGAAGAUGCCACCUGCGCUUACUUCUCCAUCGCACUGGCGACCGUCAUCGUUUGCUUAGCAUCGUACAGGCUGCUCAUGUCCUUGCCCGUGUCGCGGCACGUGCGUGCAGCAAGUGGCCAGCUGGAUGAGAAGCUUCUGGACAAUGCAACCAGCAUCGAGUCCCCGCUGCCCUUAGCCUGCGGAUUCAGCCCGGGAGGUUGUCGAGACUCUGAGGACUCUCCAGCAGAGCUCGAGCUGAACUGUAAGGCCGGCAGCAGUUUCAAGACCGUGAUACAGCUGGUCUGGCGGAACCAACUGGCCAUCAUUGCCAACUUCACAUUGACGACCUUCUGCUAUCCCGGUCUCAUCACCGCGAUCCCUUGCAGGCAGAUGCUCUGGCUACAACCAGGACAUUGGUUUCAGACCAUCCUUCUAACGGUCUUCACGCUCUUUGACAUUUCCGCGCGGUUUGUGACACACAUCCGAUGCGGCCUUCACCAUGGGAACAUCCAGUGGACUGUGGUCGUGCGGUCGGCCCUUCUCCCGCUGAUGAUCUUUUGCGCUGUCUCGGAAUCGUCCAGCGACCUACUUGCGAUGGCCGUGGUGGCCACCUUUGGGUUUUUAAACGGGUACUGCGCCUCAUUAUGCCUCAUUGUCAUCAAUGAGAUUCCGACUCUGAGUGCCGAGCAGCGGAAGACGUGCGGACGCAUUUCUGCUUGCUUCGUGAAUAGCGGCCUGGCGCUGGGCUCUGUCGGCGGGGCCCUGGCUGCCUACGUCUUCGCUCUCGGCUCCUAG